AUGCCCUCGAGAUCGAUCAGUGAGAACACCGUCCGAAUCCGAAGACAGGAGCAAUACAUCGCAGCUGUCAUAGCGUCCCUGGGUGGUUUCACCGUCGGCGUCUCACUCGGCUGGAAUUCCACGGCCGGCGAGGUGUUCCGAAAUUACCUGGACGCCAGCUCGCUCGAGAUCGGACUUAUCGGCGGUUUAUUGAACGCCGGAGCUUGCGUCGGAGCGAUUCUGACGCCGUUCUUCUUCGGGCGAUUCAGUCGGACCCCGAAAAUGCCCGCCUUUGGAGCGGUUCUCGCUGUUGGCUGGUGUCUCAUCGUAUUCGCUAACGACAAAAUUUUGUUGAUGAUCGGUCGAGUGAUCUGUGGGCUCCCGGCUGGCGUGUUCUGCGUUCUAAUGCCAAUCUAUAUAGCCGAGAUCGCGGACGAGAAGAUCCGUGGACGUCUCCUGUCGUUUUUCCAAAUUUUCAUCAACCUGGGCGUUAUGUACGUGUUCGUCGCGGCAUACAUGGAGGAGAAACACAGCACCGUGUCGACGUACAGCUUGGCUUGCGGAAUGCCGUGUGUUCUAUUAAUCAUGUCGACGAGACUUAGCAACAGUCCCUACUACUAUUUGUCGAGGAACGAUGAGAUCAAUGCAAUAGUAUCCUUGAAAUGGUUUCACGGUAUCGAUUACGAUGCCCAACGCAAAAUCAACGAGAUUAAACGGCUAAUUCUCAUGGUUCAACCGAAAAAGCUGAUUCCGACGAUGAUAAAGAAUCGUCGGGUGCUGCGCUCGUUCGCGACCUGCCUGGGCGUAGUACUCAGUCAGCACCUGAGCGGCGCCAAUAUGAUGAUCUUCUACGCUCUGACCCUCUUCAACACCAUCGGUUCCGGUGAGCUGACCGGAAGCGAGCAGACGUUGCUAGUCGGGGCCGUUCAAAUAUUGGCGUCCCUCCUCGCCGCGUUACUCGUCGACGUGCUCGGACGUCGUAUUCUCCUCGCCUUGUCCACCUCCCUCAUGGGAUUGUUCCUGAUAUUGUUAGGUUGGUUCUUCGGUCUACGUGACAAAGACCCGGAAUACGACGACAUCUACUUCUGGAUGCCGCCUGCCUGGAUCAUCCUCUUCUUCGCCGCCUUCAACCUCGGCCUGGGUCCAAUCUCCUGGUCCGUUUUGGGCGAUACACUUCCGGUCGAGGUGAAAGUUCCAGUCGCUUCCGUAGUGGUCAGCCUCGGUUGGCUGGUGUCGCUGCUGUCCGCGCUGACUUUCGACGAAAUGAUCAUCAGCCUGGGCGCCACGAAGGCAAUGUGGCUCUGCGCCGGUAUAUGCUGGCUUUCCACGUUGUUCUGUGCCAUCGUGGUCAAAGACACCACUGGGAAGAGCCUGACUGAAGUCCAGGAGGAAUUCUUCGACACAGAGCCCAACAGAACAGAUGUACAACAGGAGACGUGA